AUGUCGUCGCUAUUCAUUCUAUCUGACGACGAAGAGGACGGUUACGAUGGAAACGACGUGCAGGUUGAAGAUGCCGAAGUCGAUGCGCUUUUUGUGGAAGAGAAUACUCAGGCAGCAGUACCAGCAUCGACUACAGUGCCUCGAACUUCUUCCGGAGAGACAACAGCAAGCAUGCCAGAGGUUCCCGAACGACGUCUGGAGCGCGAGAUCGACAAUGACGAGGAACCAGAACAGCCGCUGUUCAUUUCUCGACCGACAGAGACCAUUGAAACGGCCACUGACACCAAUAUUAAACCUGUCAGCACCACUCUUCCAUACGCAUUUCAGCGAACCAUAGUGAGAGAACUACUCAAGGACGACGCGCUGUUGAUCCUGGGUCGAGGUCUGGGUAUUGAUCUGAUUGCUGCCAACCUGAUUCACUCGCUUGAUCUGGCUGGAAACAGUGUAAUCAUGGAGGGCGAGGAAGACCCCAAAAACUCGUUGGUUCUUGUACUGGGAGCAUCGGAUGAAGACAAUGAGCGGCUUGAACAGGAUAUUGGCCAAUUGGCCGCCUUAGAUGGAUUCUAUGACUAUCCUAACGAUACAGAUGAGGAUUUUUCAGGUGCUGAUCCUCUCAAGGAUGUGGCAAAUACAGACCCCAGACCCAGCAGGCUGCAAUUCAUUACCAAUGAGACAGGUCUCGCCAGUGAACGAACACGCAUGUACAGGGCUGGGGGAGUGUUCAGUAUCACAUCUCGAGUUUUGAUUGUUGAUAUGCUCAGAGGGUACAUAGAUGUGCCUCAAAUAUCUGCUGUGGUCAUUCUCAACGCCCACAGAGCCACUGAGGCGUCUUUGGAGGCGUUCAUCUUGCGUGUAAUGAAACAGGAUAACCCCUGGGCUACUAUCAAGGCGCUCUCUGACCAACCUGAACGGUUUAUUCGUGGAUUUUCGCCUCUGACGCAGAUGCAGAAGAACCUGUUUGUCAAGAAAACACGUCUCUGGCCCAGAUUUCAUCUCAAGGUAAAGGAGUGUCUCAAUGGUGUUCCUGGACGAAAACCGACCAGAGGAGUUCCCACAGUAGUGGAACUACAGUGUCAGUUGACACCCAAGAUGCAACAGAUCCAGACCUCCAUCCUGGAGCUAAUUGGUUUGUGUAUUGGUGACAUCAAGCGAAAGGUCACAUCUGUGGACAUGGAGGAUUGGAAGGUCGAGAACCUCCUGGAUCAGUCUUCUUCCAGUGCAUUCUUUGACGAUCUUGUCCAGCGCCAGCUAAGUCCUAUCUGGCACAGAAUCCCGCCAGACACUCGAAAGAUGGUGGGUGAUAUCUCUGCACUCAAGGCUCUUCUUCAGGACCUACUCACUGAAGACUGUAUUUCAUUCUUCCGACAAUUGGAGCUGCUACGAAUGUCCAAGGGUCCUGAGACACCUUGGUUAGUAACUGAAGACGCUUCCAACCUGUUUGAGGCUGCCAAAAGUCGUGUUCAUGCGAGAACUGACCCUAAGGACCCCAACUCAAUCAAGAAAGUUCUUGAGGAGCUUCCCAAGUGGCGAGAGUUGGCCAUCUUGGUUGAUGAGCAUCUAUCUUCUGGAAAGGAGGGUCCGCUUUUGAUAAUGUGUUCUUCCUCUCGUAUCAAAACACAGCUGAGAAGGUACAUUUGCAGUCUGAGAGACGAUAGACGGCAUGGCAAUGGCCAAUGGACAUCCAAUUACCUCAGUAGAAAGUUCAGAAAGUAUCAGAGAUGGCGGGAGGGGUAUUUUCAGAUGAAGAGACGGGUGCAGGAGGAAAAGGAAGCAGCCAAGGAUGACCAGAGUAGCGGGUCUGCCCCACAAGUUCACCACACCAACAAGCGAAGACGCGUGAGAGGAGGAGGAUCUAUUUCUACCGGUGCUCACAAGAUCGACGAUCAUGCUGAGCUAAUUGAGAUCGAGAAGCUCAGCAAACUGAUUGAAGGUACCGAUGGAACAGGUGAAGUGGAAGAGAUACAGGAUCUGGACGAGUACAAGUUGUCCGAUGGCGAAGAAGAAGACAACUUUAGCUCUUUCAAGUUUGAGGAAAUGACGUUGCUUGACACUGUGGUGAUUGAGACGUUUGAUGACGUUAUUAACCUCGAGGAGCUUGGUCCCAGUGGGAUAAUCAUGUACCAGCCCAACCCCGAAUUUUUCAGGACUAUUGAAAUCUACGGAAGAAACCGCAAAGUGGCACCCAACGUCUAUCUUCUUUACUAUGGUCUCUCAUACGAAGAGCAGGCUUUCUUAGCGGCUGUUCGAAAAGAGAAAGAUGCCUUCUCCAAGCUCAUCAAGGAGCGUGCUAAGAUGCCCAUGUUGUUGGCUACCACUGAAGAUGACCAGCGGGGCCUCAAGAUCAUUCGGGAGGCCAAUUCUCGAAUUGCUGGAGGUCAGAUAUCCACAAACAGCUACGGAAAGAUCCUGGUCGAUGUGCGUGAGUUCAGAGCAGCUCUGCCUUCCAUUCUGCACUCGUACGGCUUCCAAGUAUACCCCACACACCUGACAGUCGGUGACUACGUGCUCAGUCCUCACAUGGUCGUUGAGCGAAAGAGUAUUCCUGAUCUGAUCAAGUCGUUCCAAGAUGGACGUCUGUUGACCCAAUGCGAAGCCAUGUUCCGGUACUACAGCUAUGUCGUCAUUCUGAUCGAGUUUGAGGUUGGUGGGUUCACAUUUGAUCCUGCCAGUGACACUCCCGGUGCUGCAUCUGCCAACAUGGCUACUCUAAAACAGGCGUCCGAGCUUCGAGGAAAGAUCUCGCUGUUGCUUCUGACCUUCCCCAAGCUGAAGAUUAUUUGGUCUUCGUCCCCCAGGGAAACAGCUCGUAUUUUCGACGAGUUGAGAGGAAACAACAACAAAGGAGGAAACAAGCCUCCAUGGGCAGGAGAACCCGACCCUGAUAUUGCUGCUGCUUAUGGCACUAGUGGUGUUGGAGACUCAACCACCGGUCAACAAAACCACAUGGCUAUCGACAUGCUCCGAGACAUACCCGGAGUGACUGCUAAGAACUUCCCGCUUAUCAUCGCUAAGGUGAAUAGUCUGUAUGAUCUGUGUAAGAUGACGGUGGCGGAGCUGGCUGAGAUUGUUGGCAGUGAGCCUGCCAGGGAGAUUAUGGGGUUUUUGGAGCAAGAAUUGUAG